AUGGAAAUCGAUAUACUAAAUGAAUUGCUAUCAGAAUCAGUUGCUAAACUUUUUAAUCCAAGAGCUGUAUAUAAUUUUAAAAAACCCAAUCCAGUUUAUGAUAAUUACUAAAAGAACUCAAAUAACACAUCUUCAUCAUCUAUAUCUUCUAUGCAAUCUGAUCAACCAAAAUUUGAGCAACCAUAAUAAAAAUUAUCCAAUCCUCCAACAAUAGAAUAAUGGGUUAAUAUUAUUGGCCCAUAAAAACUAUAAGAAUCAUUAACUAAAUUGAAUAUAGAUUUAGCCAAAUUAACAAAAAGAGAUUUAGAAUUGAUGUCCAUGGAUUAACUUUAGAAUGAAAAGAAACGAGUAAAAAAUGAACUCAAGUUUUAUGAUGCGAAUUUUUAAUCAAUUUUCAAUAGAUUUCCAUUAAGAAAUGAAAAAGAACCUAUGAGACCCUUAUAUAUAUACUAUAAAAAAUUGAAAUAACAAAUUGACAAACAAUCAACAAAUAACACCUAAGGAGAAAUUCAAAAGAGAAUAGAGGAUUUAAAGAAAACAAGAGCAGAAUUGAGAGAGAAAUUGAAUAACUUUUAAAAUGAAUUCACAACUACCCACAAUAGAAGAAUUAGAUUUCAUAAAGAUAUUGCUCCAGUAGAAAAAGAAUAUAAGCUUUACAAAGAAAUAAAAAAUGAAAUUUAAAAGUUGGAGAAUAUUUUGUAAAAGAAAUGA